AACCUCCAGCUAAUUUAUACCGCCGCGAGUGUUGCAAAGUUGUUUAUCUUGUUGUCAGCAUUAUCUUGGCAGUUUCUGCUUUUGCAUUUCGCUUUUCUCUUCUGUGACAUCUGAGGUGCAGUUUAAAGUACACUUGCCAGUUGUCGCGACAUUCGCAUUGGGUGGGUCUUGGCGAUAACCCCACCAGCCACAUCUCAGACAGAGCAAGCUGAAGCAUAAUCCAUCUACAACUGGAAGCGAACAGUCCAGCAAUCUCGUAUUGAUAGACGACUGCCUGUCUGCCUUCCGCUUGACUAAUUGUGCGUGUCAAUUAUGACAGCAGAGACACUUAAACCGUUUAUAACACCAACGAGUGCCGUUGAUAAUUUUCCGGCCAUGCAUUCGAGCGCGUCCCAUUCGCAACGGAAGACUAAGCAACUCAUUGCGAUUGUCUUGAGUGGCGCUGCUCUGGCUUUGGCCGUGAUUCUGCUGAGUUUAACGGUUUGGCAAACUACACGCGUCUCGCAUUUGGAUACUGAACUGAAGAGUCUGAAGCGUGUAAUCGAAAGUCUCCAGCAGCGCUUGGGCAUUCAAUAUUUAGAAGAUGUAGAUGAGUUUCAGCAAGAGUAUAGCAAAGCUCUCACAGAUAGGUUUAAUGGUGAACAGGAUGAAGACGACAACACGCUAAUUGAGCCUGAAGAUGAAGAGUAUAACGAGGAUUAUAGCUACGACUAUACCGAUAUAAUAAAAAAGUUCCACAACUACAGCGAAGAAAGUAGUGCUGAACAGGGUCUCGAGGAUACAGAUGGAAGUGUAUCCACCGAUGACAAUGUCUUCGACGAUUUCAAAAACUACAACGAUUCGAGAAAGCACAAAAAGCAAAGAAAGUCUCGUUCCAUUGCCGAACCUCGCAAUGAUAUUCAGACCUACGAUGAAGUGCAGUUAUAUCCCCAUCCACCUACAGAAAACCAGACCAAAUCUCAGCAGGAUCAAUUGAAUAAAGCUGCUUCAUCAGAAAGGGAGAGCGCUGAUAUCAUAUCGCACCAUAGAAAAAAGUUCCCCCCACAUGGUCGCCAUUUUGUAUCGGAACAUCGCCAUCAUGUCUCGCCUUUGCGCAGGCGCGUUGGACGACGCCGUCAUCUGGCACAGCGAAGCAGUGGUGAAUCUCUUAUUUCAGCCAAAAAUACAAAUCGGCGUGAUGUGUUUUCGUCCACUCCUGCCGCUCACUUUCAUCUGAAUCGCAAGGUCCCACAUCACAAUGCACCGAUUAGUUUGGAAUCCUACCAUGGUGAUAUGUACAUUGGCCAUGCGACGGCCGGAAAUGAGAAUGCUUGGCAGCAGCACUUCACGGUACACAACGGUGUCCUGACCGUGCACGAGCCCGGCCUCUACUACGUCUAUGCUCAAAUCUGUUACAAUAACACGCACGACCAGAACGGUUUUAUCAUUUUUCACGGACACACGCCCUUCCUGCAGUGCCUCAACACAGUGCCCACAAACAUGCCACAGAAGGUGCACACGUGCCACACCAGCGGCCUCAUACAGCUGCAGGAGCAGGAGUCUAUACAUCUACGUGACAUACACAGCGACCGCAAUGUGAUGCUGAAGGAUGCCAAUAACCGCAGCUACUUUGGCCUCAUCAAGGUGUAAAUUGUAGAAGUGAGGCCGAGAAGCCAAUAUUGCCAAUACCAAUCGUUGCUCUGUUGCCAGUCUAAGCUUUAGUAGCUUCGCGCUAUCCGUAUAUAUGACUUACACCAUAGGAAUUUAGUUGUAGACUAGCUUUACUUAAUUCUUAACUUACAUUUAUUUGUCGUACACAUUUGCAUGCAUAACACAUAUUUAUUUUGUAUAUAUUCCAUUGAUUGAAUGUGCUGAAAGUCUCAAAAAUGGUCAAUAAAGCAGUGAUUUUUAUAAAAUUAA